AUGCUUUAUAAAAGUAACUCGAAGCGAUGGUCGUCGAAGCACAAGGAAAGGCGGGCGGAAAUGAAAGCGGAGAUGGAGUGGACAGAACCGAAAGAGCCACACCCUCCUGCUCGUUACUUGUUGCUCCAAGUAUUAACCCCUUGUUACGUGUUUAUACUAGAUCUAACUCACGAAGGUACACGACACAGAGAGCAGGACGUGCCGAUGAUAGUGGAAAUUUUCCGGAAGAAAGAUGAGCGCUACCAUCCUUUUGAUACCUUUGAUGUGCAAGAGAUAGUGACCCUGAAGGUCAACAGGGAAAUAAGAGAAUGA